AUGGACAAAAAGAAAGUCGAUUUUGAAAAGCCGAAACCUGAGUUGAAACAUUAUAUGGAAAAACGAAUCUAUGUCAAAAUUCAUUGUAACAGAGCGAUCAUAGGAGUAUUGCGUGGGUUUGAUGAGUAUUUAAAUCUUGUUUUGGACGACGCGUUUGACGCCUCACACCCAGAAAAUCCACAAAAAAUCCAACUCGGUCAAAUAUUAAUACGUGGAAACUCAGUACUGUCACUUGAGACUGUCGACCCGGUUCAACACAAAAACUAA